GACGAUCAUCAAUGAUCGAUAGUUAGUCGCUUUUGCACAUUCAUCACGAUGUGGUUAUAACGUUUCAUCGUCAUUCUUCCAAAACUUCUCGAUCAUCAAUUUCACAUUCUGCUGCAGUGUCAGUGACUGUGAAAAAUAACGUAUAUAACAUAAAUAUUAAUCUACAUAACUUUAUUCCUAUUUUCCAUCUCCUUCAAGAUUACGAUUAUAUGUAAAGUCAUUAAGGUUAAUCACCGCGGUGAAAGUGUUCAUGCUCUUCGAUUCAAUUCAUGUCCCCAUCGUCUCUUGCUCACACUUCCUAUUUGACACAUUCCAAAAUUCGAAGCCUCAUUUCUCCGCACUUGAUAUUUAUAUCAAUUUAUACCGAGUGCUCCAAACGUGAAUAAAAUGAACGGCGCGGAGAAACGUGAUGUAAUCCGAGUUGGAUCUCGGAAAAGUGAGCUGGCUUUGAUACAGACUAAGCAUGUGAUACAAUCCCUAAAAGAAUUACAUCCAAAGAAAGAAUUUGAAAUAGUAACAAUGAAUACCAAGGGAGAUAAGAUUUUGGAUAAAUCUUUACCAAAAAUUGGUGAAAAGUCACUAUUCACGGAGGAGUUGGAAAUAGCUUUGGAAAACGAUCGUAUUGAUUUUGUGGUGCACUCAUUAAAAGAUAUGCCAACAACACUACCAGCAGGAAUGGCUUUAGGUGCAAUAUUAAAACGCGAAGAUCCACGUGAUGCAGUAGUUAUGUCGAAAAAGUUCAAAAGUAAAAAAUUAUCUUCAUUGCCAAAAGGUAGUAUCAUAGGUACUAGUUCUUUACGUAGAUCCGCACAACUAUCUCGAAAUAUGCCUCAUUUGAAGAUACAAAAUAUUCGUGGAAACUUGAACACUAGAUUGAAAAAGUUAGAUGAUGAAAAUGGUUCCUAUGCUGCAAUAAUAUUAGCUGCUGCUGGUUUAAAAAGAAUGGGCUGGGAAGACAGAAUAAGUCAACUUCUGGAACCUGAAGAAGCUCUCUAUGCUAUUGGUCAGGGUGCAUUAGGUGUUGAAUGUCGAGAAUCAGAUUGGGAAAUACGUUCUCUUUUGGAACCAUUAUUCGAUGUAGAAACAACAUUAAGAUGUGUAUGCGAACGAUCUUUUCUAAAAACUCUUGGCGGCGGAUGUUCCGCACCAGUUGCAGUAUCUUCAUGUUUAAAAAAGAACGAGUUAACAAUUACUGGUGCUGUGUGGUCUUUAGAUGGUCAAACCUUAGUUACAAAUACGUCUAAAAGUAAAUUGUAUUUACCUGACGAUGAUGGUGAGCCUCCACGGAAAUGUCCAUAUCAAGAACCUCGUCUUUACUGUAGCGUUAUCCCUGGUAAAGUAAGCAGUAUAAGUCUUCUUGGUGCAGAGUUACUUGGGAAAGAUUUAGCCAAAAAUCUUAUAGAGAAAAAUGCUCUUGACGUAAUGUCGCAAGCUAGAGAUGAAAUUUUGAAUUCGAAAUAGUUAUAGGUUAGUUAUUUGGGUAAUAUUUGAUAUUUUUCAAGUUAAAGAAUAUGUUAAUACAAAGAUAACGAUUGCUAAUUUUUCGAUUUUUCAUGACUGUAUGAAUAUUAGGUAUAGAGUUUGAUUUAUAUAUGCUCAAGAUGAAAAACUCAAUCAGAGUACAAAUUGUAUUUUAUUGCUUAUAUUUUUUCUGAAUUUUGCAUUGCAUAUCAUACACUGUUUAUUUAUUUCUUGUUUAUAAAUCAGAAAAAGUACAAAGCAAGUAUGAUAGAUAUAGGUCCGCUUCGCUAUUUGCGGCACAUAAUUUAUUGCCCGUAUCUCUUGAUUAUAUGAAUAUUUAAACAUUUUGCAAAAUAUCAUUUAGUAUAUGAUUUUGAAGUUUUUUGGAGUUAAUAUAUUUUUACCUUUAUGAAUGUAUAGUACUCAUGAGAAGUGUGAGGAUUGUUAUAUAUGUUAUUCAUUGUUACAUAAAUAUCUUAUAAUUUGUUACUAUUGACAAAGCAAAUAUUAUAUAGAAAUUGUAUCAUUGUUGAAUUCAAUUUAGCCUAUUGCGAAUUACUGCCGUGUAUAAUAGAAUGAAUAAUAGUGACACAUACUUCCAUUUGCAUGAAAUAAAAUAAUUAAAUUAUACUGAAGCAGAGAACUUAUAAGCAUGAUUAUAGUUUAUAAAUAUACAUCUUCUGUUUUAUAUCAAACUGUAUUUAAGAAAAAACAGAUUGUUAAACAUUGAUAUUUUUUAUUUUUUUAAUCAUUUUAUAUCUUGAGGUACUAUUGAGGGCAUAUUAUGAAUGCCAUAAAGUGAUAAAGUAUCGAUUUGUAUAAUUUUAUUAUUCUUGAGUUUUUUAUUUGACUCCCAUUAACUUCUAUUUCUAU